CUUCCCAUGGAAAGCCGGCCCUUCUGAGGCAAGCGAGCGAGCGCGGUUGGUUUUUUGCUCUGCCGCAAGCCGCGGUCGCUCGCGCGCGCUUCGCCAUACGCUUUCUGACCCUCUCGGGCACCUGUAGGGACUCUUCAGGCGGCUGAGGAGGGGAGAGAACGACGACAGUUGCGGCUGCUGUUAUUAUAAUAAAGCCGUCAUUGAGGUGAAAACGAGGCCGGAAGGAAGAAGCUGACUGGACUCCCGCGAGUGACGUCACUGCCCGGCAUAGCCAACCCUGAGCGACGCCGCGCCAAAUUCGAACGGCGGCUGGCGGGACAAACGGGAUUGGCCGGCUGGCUGGCGCGCGCGGGCAGGCGGGUUUACGUAGGCUAGGCGUGCGGGAAGACCGGAGCGCUCCCGCCUAGGUUUGUCCUCUCAGUCGCACCGUCUUCCCCGGGAGCUUCGCACCGUAGCCGGUAGGCAGUUUCCAUGGCAACCCCACCUAAGCGGAGCCGGGCCGAGAGCGCCAUCAAGAAGAUCGCCAUAGAAGGCAACAUAGCUGCCGGGAAGUCUACUUUUGUGAAUAUUCUCAAACAAGCCAGAGAAGAUUGGGAAGUUGUUCCAGAACCAGUAGCAAGGUGGUGCAAUGUUCAGAACUGCCCUGAUGACAAAGAGGAGCUUACUUCCUCUCAAAAGAGUGGUGGCAACUUGCUUGAGAUGAUGUAUGAGAAGCCAGACAGAUGGUCCUUCACUUUCCAGACUUAUGCUUGCCUGAGCAGAAUCCGGGCUCAACUUAAAUCUUUUGAUGGGAAACUCAAAGAAGCUGAGAAUCCUGUUGUCUUCUUUGAGAGAUCUGUUUACAGUGACAGGUACAUUUUUGCGUCUAAUUUAUAUGAGACGGACUGCAUGAAUGAAACCGAGUGGACUAUUUACCAAGACUGGCAUAACUGGAUGAACCAGCAGUUUGGCUCAAGUCUUCGGCUGGAUGGCAUUAUUUAUCUCCGAGCUACCCCUGAGAAAUGCUUGAAUAGGAUUUAUGUGCGUGGGAGGGAUGAAGAACAAGGCAUUCCUAUGGAAUAUCUGGAAAAACUUCAUUACAAACAUGAAAGCUGGCUCCAGCACAGAACGUUGCGAACGGAUUUUGAAUACCUGCAAGAUGUACCUGUUCUAACACUGGACGUAAAUGAAGACUUCAAAGGCAAGAAAGACAGGCAUGAAGAUAUGAUUGAAAAGGUCAAAGAAUUUCUGAGCACUUUGUAGCCAUUCCUGAAACCACACCGAACUUGAGCAUUCUUGGCAUUCAUAUUGCUUAGUUUGCGUUGCCAAUUCUGUUUUUGCUUAAGGUGUCAGAGGGCAUUGUCCAGCUUUCGUUGCAUUGUUGAACCUUUGCAGUGGAAUGGGUUUUUAUAGCACUUAUAUUGUAUUUGGCUUUCUUAGGUGAAGUGUUUGGAAAGACUCAUCCCUAAUACUACAAAUCAGGGUUCAGGGAGUCCUGCGAAAUACAUUCUGCUUGCGACAUAAACGAAAUGGGCGGAACCAUUUACGUUUCUGGAACUGAAUUCAUGAAACGUGUGUGAAUGUGGGACCUCUUUAUGCACAUCCACAAGUUGAUUGGGAUACUCAUAAAGUUCCAAGAGCAGUGGGAUCAUGCUAAAGGAAUACUGUUUCUGCUCACCUAGAUUUUGUAUGCAUGUGUGGUUAGGAAGGGGGGCAUAGGGUCUGCAUUUUGUCCAAAGCAGUCUGCGUGUGUAAGGGGUGAUGAUUUUUUUU